AUGCCGGGGUUGAUAGCGCUGGGUCGCCGCUGGACGGUGGGCAGCGAUGAUCUUGUCGUUCCCGCCGUCGUAUUUAUUGUGCUCCACGUUGUUUGGGCCAUCAUCCUGGUCUGUAUCGUCUCCCAGAAGUAUUCCUCUGAAGCCUGCGAUAAAGACCUCUACAUCAGCAUCCUUGGUUACCUGGUCCUGUUGGGAUUCUCCAUUAUCGUUGAAGGGGUGAUCAUCUUCCUUAGUCUCAGAGGGACCAUUCUUUAUGUUCGUCCAAGACAUCAUAUGAAGACAGUGCUUUAUAUCAAAGGAUCUUUAAUAGGAGUCAGUUUAGUAUGGUCCAUACUCAGUAUACGAUGGCUCGCUCUGUCUUACUCAGCCUGCACUCUGCAUUAUAUCAAACAAACAGUAUUAGGCCUUAUUAUAUUCCAUUUUAUAGUACUUCUAGCCCUCUGUGUUCUAACGUGGUGUGUGUGGGAUGGAGUGGGGAAGAGCUUCGUCAAAUUAAAAAAGACAGAGAAGGAGAAAAACAUCAAAAGAACGGCGAGCAGGGUCGAGAGAAACGAACAGAGGGAGCUGAAAACUCGUGCCAAGUAUGAACAGAACUGGGAUAAGAGGUUAAGAUUCUGGUUCUGCUGCACCUCCUCGGGAGAAACACAAGAUAGUGCCUUUUCAGACAUUGCCAUCCUCUUCUCCGAGUUCUUUCGAGACCUGGACGUCGUUCCCACUGACGUCCUGGCGGGUCUUAUGCUCCUCAGGGAAGAGCAGAAGCAACGGAGAAGAGCCAUAGAGAACUCGCCUCAGAACAGUGUCUUCAAGUUCUUGUCAGGUGUUGCUGUGACACCUGAGACCAAGUUCCUGGACUUCCAUAAAUCGGAGGACAUGGACCUGUUUGAAGAGCUUCAUUAUUAUUUCAAGUUUGCUGCUGCAUCCUACGGUUGGAAGGGCUAUGUGAUGGUUUACGGUGCUGAAGGAUGCUGUACAAUGACAAGAGAAUGCAGAUGCUGUUGUUUCAAAAGGAGGCGUCACUACCACUUGGACGAGACGUCCGACCCGGAUGCCGACAACUGCUGCAUGUGCAACUUUGCGGCCCUCAAGAAGAUGUCCGGCUUGAGCAACACCGACAUCGUCUACGCAACAUUCCACGUCUCGCAUGCACGUAAGGUAGUUAGACAACCUCGCAUGACGACAAAGAUUGCGAAACGAACGUCUACUACAAAGGUAUGGGAGACACCAUUCUUUGUUGCUCUUGAUCAUGAAAGAAGGCGAGUUGUUGUUUCUAUCAGGGGUACGCUGUCUGUCGCCGACAUCGUGACGGACCUGAGCGCUGACACAAGCCCCAUCUCAGGUCAAGACGAGUCAUCGCCAUACCAGGGGCAUAAGGGUAUGGUUGAAGCAGCUAACUACAUCAAAAGAAGAUUGAUAGAUGAUAUGUUACUACACCAGGCAUUCACAUCUGAUGAGGCAAGGGGAACGCAAAAUUAUGAAUUGCUGCUGGUUGGUCAUUCUUUGGGAGCUGGGACGGCGGCCAUCUUGGGUAUCAUGCUACGGCCAGACUACCCAACUCUCAAGGUUUAUGCAUACUCGCCUCCCGGAGGAUUGCUAUGCAAGGAAUCAUCUGAGUAUGCUGCUGAGUUUGUAACCUCCCUAGUAGUCGGCAAGGAUGUUGUUGCUAGGAUAGGUCUCUCUCAGAUGGAGUUCCUCAGGGCUGAUCUUCUUAACUGCAUCAAGAUGUGUAGAGACCCAAAGUGGAGAGUUAUAAUGGGAGAGCUCCUAUGCUGCUGCACGGUCCACUCCAAGAACCUGGCCCCCGUCGAAGAUGUGGACACGCCGUCUCCGUUUCCGUGCCGACUCAACAAAGCCUUCCAUCCCACAAACCACGCCCUGGUGCUGUCGACGCACAGCCCCCUCUACCUACCGGGGAGGGUGCUGCAGAUUGUCAGGAAUAACCACAAGAGAGAGGGUAUCAGUAAGAAAGAUUGUGCUUACUAUGGUAUCUGGAGGGACCUUGAGGAUUUCAGUGAGGUUCUGAUUUCACCAGUAAUCAUCAAGGAUCAUCUGCCAGGAGGUGUCAUGACAGCUUUAGACAAGUGCAUGGAGUACGGAAAGAGACAUGGUCUACCAAAGCGCUGGUCGCAGGUCGGUAGGACCCCCAUGAGUCCCCCGUCUCCUAGUCAAGAGUUCAACCAACCACCUUCUUCAUCGUCUUCUCAUUCAUCAUACCUGCAGAUGAAACCAGCUAGAUCAACAAGAGAGGGCGGUCACACUGUACAUUUCCAGGAUUCUCCUUCCAAAUCAUCAGGGUCUUCCAACAAAUCCUCACCUACCAGAGGAUGGGGAAACAAAGCUUCAGAAUCCAACAACAACCUAUUGCCUUCAGGUCUACCCUCAACCCCAGAAGAGCAGGUGCCGUUCUUGCCGCAAUCCUCAGAACAGUCUAUUCCUGAUGACAAACUAAGAACUAAUUCCCAAAAUGAAUGGCCAAAAACAACUCUUACGAACCUUGCCUCAAACUGUUCAAGCGAGGGCGCUGCAGCGCACGAGCGUCUAGCCCCGCUGGCCAGCAGCGAAUCCUACACGGAGACGGAAUCCGCAAGGUCUUCCAUCUCCUCCACCAGCUACUCUUCCGUUCUCAACCGCUUCCAGACGUCCCCAACUACCAAAGACGAGGGCUACUGCUACUACGUCACAAACGAGUCUGAAUCAACCUUAAAUAACAAUACCGAAGAUUCUGGGGAUGACUCAGAGAAGCCAAAUGCUAUAAGGACUACAGCUACCAUUGAAUCAAUGCCGUGUAACCAUGACAACAAGGUUGAGGCGCCCGUUAAGACGUCACCACCGUUAGUCGGACCUUGGAGUUUAUUCCGUGGAGGUAACAGUCAUAUGUUUGAUGAAGAGGGUAACGUGAAGGGGCGGACCUCCGCGGAUGACAGGUACACGUUAACCUAUGAUGGGAUGGAUCUGGAUCCUAAUACCGGUAGCGAGGGGGGCACGGAUUCACCCCUCUCCUCCAGACCACAAUCCAAUGGCUAUGAAGUUUAUUGGGAGCCUCUGCUAACCAGCGACACCUCCCUGAGGCCAAGCUAGGUCACGGCUACACCGAGUACCUCCCCGUCAGUCCCGACGCCGAUGACGACAUCGACGACGAAGCCCUCUUCGCUUCCCUCCGACCAGGGCUGUACGAGAA